AUGCCGCCGGAGCAACUGCCGUGGGAUCGAAGGGAUUUUCGCAAGCACGAUAGAUCCAGCUCCGACCGGCGUUUUACAGGCGGUGGAGGAGGACGGGGAGGAUUCGGCGGCGGGGACCACAGAUGGAGGGAGCAGCACCAUCACCCGCACGGGCCGCCGCACCCACCGCCUUACCACCACCACCGCAGCAAUCCGCAGCAGCAGCGUUGGUAUUCGGAUUUCCGCUCCUCUCGCCCCAUCCCACCCGGUCAUGGUAAGCAGGGUGGUUGGGGAGUGCAUCCCGAUGAGGCUGGUCGUGGAUUUUUUCCUUUUGGGUCAAGGUACGGUGACAGAAACAUAGAAGAUGACAAUUUCAGACCUUUCGGGUCCCGCGGUGAAGGGAGGUAUUUUAGGAAUAGUAGGGAAAACAGAGGAUCCUUUAGCCAGAAGGAUUGGAAGUCUCCCUCCUGGGAACCACCUGUUGCAUCGUCUGGUGGUUCAGGGAAAUCCAACGACGAUUUGUGCAAUCAGAAAUCUAUAGAGAGUGCCCAAACAUGCCCCAGCAACAGCAACAGGGGUAACAACUCCGAGAAUGCCGAAACAUAUCAUCACAACAUUAGUAAGGGCAACGGCCCCGAGAAUAUCCAGAACAACAGCAAGGGCAACAACUCUCAGCUUCCUCCUCCGGAUUCCAUUUGCAGCCAGCCUCAAACCGUGUUAAAAGAAAAGAAUGAGAAGGAUGGGGGCACUCGCGAUGAACCUCCCUGCGCUGUUCAGAAAUCCGACAAAGAAAAUGCCGUGGGAUCAAUGGACUGGAAGCUGAAAUGGAACCGGUCAGGGAACUUGUCCUCAAGGGGAUCUGGUUUAAGCCGUUCAAGUAGCUCCAAGGGUACUACGGUGGGUUCUGUCGAGAAGAUGGCAGAGGUGCAGCUGAAGAAUAUGGCGCCUGUUGACACACCUGCUGCAGUUUGUGUGGAGCCCACUGCUCAAGCUCCAUCUGACGACACUGGCUCAAGGAAGAAGCCUCGCCUUGGCUGGGGCGAGGGUCUUGCAAAGUAUGAGAAGAAGAAAGUUGAUGGUCCUGAAGAUGGUGUUUCGAAAGAUUUUGUGGCUAACAGUGUCAGCACCACCGAAGCUUUGCAGUUUACUUCUGUUGAUGUGCUUCAUAAAAGUCCCAAAGCCGUAGAUGUGUUAGAUUGUGCCUCACCAGCAACUCCGUCUUCGGUUGGUUGUAGUUCUUCUCCAGGUAUUGAGGAGAAAGAAUCCAUCAAGGCAGUAAAUAUCGUUCACAAUACUGUUAAUUUAAGUUUUUCACCUAGUAUUGUGUCCCAGACUCAUAGCGAGGAACCGACUUUCAAUCUGGAAAAUUUGGACCUUGCAUCUAUUGCCAAUCUGAGCUCAUUAAUUAAUGGGAUUUUGCAACCUGAUGAUCCAACUUCUCUGGAAACAGGCUAUGUACGAGCCACCUCGAUGAAUAAAUUGUUAGCAUGGAAGGUUACUGUAUUAAAAGCACUUGAGGUGACUGAAUCUGAGAUAGACGUGCUCGAGACUGAACUCAAGUCACUGGUAGCUGAACCUGGAAGUUGCUGUCCUCAGCCAGCAGCUUCUAGCUUGCUCCCAGGAGAGCGCCAUUCAAAUUCUUACGAGCAAGUAAAUGUCUCUAGCUCUGUUAAACCUUCUUUGCAAGUGGUCGCAUCUGGAGACAUGAUUGUUGAGAGUCCUCCAGCCAAUGAUGAAGAUAGUAUGAGUGACGAAGAUGAAGAUGAUAUGAGUGAUGAAGAUGAAGGUAGUACGAGUGAUGAAGAUGAAGAUCUUACUGGUGUUGGCCGUAUGUAUUUUGACUAUGAUCAUAUUUAUGAGGAUAUAUUGGCUUCGAACAAGGUUUCUGCAAACAGGGCCCUGGAGGAGUUGAAUAAGUUAUUGCCUACUCAACAGUUUCCGUUAGAUGUGUUGGCUGCUGCAAGUGUAUCUUCUUUACAAAGGGAUACCUCAGUAACUAAGCAUAGGUUUCUGAUGAGGAGGCGGUCUCUCCUGUUCAAGGAGAAGGUUCUUGCUCUCAAGUUUAAGGUAUUUCAGCAUUUCUGGCGGGAAGGUCGUGUAGUUUCUGUAAGUAAACUUCGAGGGAAGUCUCACAAGAAGUUGGAUGUGUCUCGGACUGGGUUCAAGAAGAAUCGUUCAUCCAAUCGCUCUAGAAUAUCUUAUUCUGCUGGAAGCUCUCGUAAAGUGCCUGCCGAAGAAGUAAUUGAGUUUAUCACCAGGUUGCUUAGAGAGUUACAGAUGAAGCCCUGCAGGAGUACUCUGAAAAUGCCGGCAAUGAUUUUGGACAAGGGGAUAAAAAUGUCAAGGUUUGUCUCGAAUAAUGCUAUUGUGGAAGAUCCUUGUGCUGCUGAAAGAGAGAGGUCCAUGAUUAAUCCCUGGACCCCUGAGGAGACGGAGAUAUUUAUUGAUAAGCUCUCUAUUUUUGGUAAAGAUUUCAGCAAGAUUGCAUCCUUCCUGGAACGUAAGACUGUGGCAGAUUGCGUCGAGUUUUACUAUAAGAAUCACAAAUCAGAAAGCUUUCAGAGAGCUAAGCCAGGUGUAACAAAGCAAAGCAAGUCCCAGGCCACCACAUACUUGGUUGCUAAUGGGAAAAGAUGGAAUCGUGAAGCAAAUGCCGCUUCUCUUGAUGUACUUGGCGAAGCCUCCAUGAUGGCAGCUAAUGUGAUAGAAACUCAGCAAAAAUGUGCACCAUCGAGGAUCUUUCUAGGAGCAUCUCGUUCUCAAAAGGCACCACCUAGGAUUUUUCAUGGUCCACUGGAGAGAUCAAACAGUCUGGAUAAUAAUGAUGCCGUAGCUGCUGAUGUCUUGGCAGGUAUUUGCGGUUCACUAUCUUCAGGGGAGGCCAUGAGUUCCUGCAUCACAAGUUCGGUUGACCCAACUGAUGGAUAUCAUCAGAGAGUCACUUCUUGCGUGAAACGGCCUUUGACUCCAGAUGUUACACAGAGUGUCGAUGAUGAGUGCUCAGACGAGAGCUGUGGGGAGAUGGUGGACCCCACCACCGAUUGGACUGAUGAGGAGAAAUCCUUCUUUGUUCAGGCCGUGUCAUCUUAUGGCAAGGACUUUGCAAUGAUCUCUCAGUGUCUUAGAACGCGGUCCGUCGAGCAGUGUAAGAUAUUCUUUAGCAAGGCCCGGAAGCGCCUAGGUUUGGACCGUGUUACCCCUGGACUUGGCAAUGCUGGUGUUUGUGGUGGUGAUGAUGUUGAUGGAGGUGAUGGCAGUAGCGAUCGAGAAGAUGACUGUGUUGUGCAGACUGGGUCGGUCAUUGCCAAUGACGACUCGGAGUGUAAAAUGGAGGUGGAUCCUCCCGUGAAGUGCAUCCAUGAAUCUGAUAUGCCUGGAACAAGCGAGUCGAAGCCUGAUCCCCUCGACUCUGUUGUUGCUGAACCCGUUUUGAAGGAUUUGUCGAUGGCUGAUAAUAUUCUGGUCGAUGAUAAGCAAGUUGUGGAUUUCAAUUUGGACAGUAAAGAACAGAGUUGUGUUGUUGGGGCAUUUACACCCGAGCUUGACGUGAAAACCUCAGUUUUAUCCACUACUAUUAUUGAAUCAGUAAGAGUUGGAGAGGGAAGUGACCAUGGUCAGACAAAUGGUGGUUCUACUGAUGCUGAUAGCAAGGGUUUGUCAGAUGAUAAUGAAGCACACGAGCUUGUUUUGUCUGAUGAUAAUUUGGAAAAUAAGAACGUUGAGGAUGUGGGUGCAAAUUCUAUUGAACUGAAUGUUGUAAGCUGUACACCUGUUGAGGUGAAGGCUGAGAAUGUCUCUCAUCCUUCUGUUGAUUCACUUCCUUCCUUCCAAAAGGAUUCAGUGAGCCAAAAUCACCCGUUGGAGCAGAAUGGCCACCUUGAAUCUAUGGAGUCAUCAACACUGUUCUCUGUUCCCAUUAAAUAUCAAAGGCACCCGACUAGUGAUGCUCUACACGAUGUGCAUGCGAACGGGACCAGCCAAAAUCAUCCUCAGAAGCUUUCUGUUACAGGUGAUUGCCCGCAGCAUAUCUCAAGUCACUCGCUUUCAGAUUCUGUCGAGCCUUCCCAUAUUCUCAGGGGCUACCCUGUUUCAGUGCAGAGUCUGAAGGAGUUCAAUGGUGAAGUUAUAAAACAUGUUCCUACACAAAAUGUUCCUAUGAUGGACGGUAAACUGAAUUUAGACCUGCACGCAGAUUUUUCCCUUAGGAAGUGUUCUACCGAGUUGAAAAGUCAGAUUGAAAACGUGCCUUUUCCACCACCCCAACUACCAAUGAGGAAUCAUCAUCAUUCGGGACCCCAAUCAGGCUGCUCGCCUGAUUUGGACAAGCCCCAGCCUUUAAAGAAUGGGGAUGUGAAGUUGUUUGGUAAAAUCUUGAUAUCAUCCCACGAGAAAAAAACCAGUUCUUGCGAUCAAGAUGUUAGUAAUAACCGUAAUAACGGCCAUCAUCAUCAUCACCAGCAGCCGCUGACCUUGAAAUUCAGUGGCGAUGACAAUGCUGUUGUUAAUUUAGAUUCUUUUCAGUCUAAGGUUGGGUGCAACAGUUAUCUCACCUCCUCCAAGAAUGACAAUAAUAUUCCUUUCAAAAGUUUCAGCUGUUGGGAUGAGACCCGGACAACACAGCCCACAAUAUUCCCUUCUUUGCCCGAUUCGGCUCUCUUGUUGGCCAAAUACCCCACGGCUUUCCACAAUCAUUCUACUCCAACUUUGAAAUUCGACCAGAGUGACCAUCAUCCAUUUUUUCAAGCAAGAGAAAUGAAAAACGGGUUAUCAGAUUACCAGCUGUUGAGAAACCGGGAUUUGCAGCCUUUUACCAUGGAUAAUAAUAUGAAGCAAUCACAAGAUGUGUUGUUCUCAGGGAUGCAAAGAAGAAACGGGUUCGGUUUGGUGCAGGGAAUGCAACAGCAAGCAGCAAGAUCUUCGAUGGUUGGAGGCCAGUGUUCUUCGGGUGUUUCAGAUCCCGUAACAGCAAUCAAACUGCAUUAUGCAAAGGCUCAGAGUAUAACUGUGCAGGCUGGUAAUGUAAUUAGAGAGGAGGAUACUUGGAGGAGUAAUGGAGAUGUAGGCAGGUAG